AGUACUCGGGUGCCUUUAGUAUGAUCGGGCUGUCUUUUGAAAAUGUUAUUUGCUCGCCGACUGUAGUACACGUUUAACACAUCAACUAUCACAUUUUGUGUAUUCAAUAAAAAAGCGCGCGUUAACUUUAAAACGCGAGUUUGGCAUAUUAUUGUUUUUCAUCGAUCACGUGCUGUACAAAUUCGAUAAGUGAUAAUAAUACUAUAUUUAAAUUCUUAUUUAUGCAGUUUUGAAAAUAUCAAGUGAUGAAUCAAUGCUUAAAGUUUCAAUGAAAUGAAAAUAUUUUGAAAUGGAAAAUGAAUAAAUUCAAAGAUUGAAAGUGAAAAAUAAUGAACAACAAUAGUCAUAGUGUAGUUCCUGAAGCCAUUGUUAAUAAUAAUUCAAGUAACUACUAUGAAAACAGCGGCAGUAAUGAUUCAUUCAACACAUGUCCUGUGUUCAACAAUACUGAAAGUGACGAUUACAAUUUAUUAUUUGAGUUCAUAGCUUACGGUAUUCUUUUAAACGUGAUUGGUGUUUUUGGCAUUCUUGGAAAUGUGAUAUCUAUGAUAAUCUUAUCCAGACCUCAAAUGAAAUCGUCGAUCAAUUACCUAUUAAUUGGUCUGGCUAGAUGUGACACAGUACUAAUAAUUACAUCUAUUUUACUAUUCGGGCUUCCAAUCAUUUAUCCAUCAACCACAUAUCUUUUUAACUAUUACUUUAAGGUAUAUCCAUUAAUCGCACCGGUGGUCUACCCAAUAGCUAUGAUAUCUCAAACGGUAUCUGUAUACCUGACGCUCACUGUUACAUUAGAACGAUUUGUUGCUGUUUGUCACCCUUUGCAAGCUCGAUCUUUAUGCACAUACGGUCGUGCUCGAGCAUACGUGAUAGCAAUCAUAGUAUUUUCGGUUCUCUACAAUAUAACUAGGUUUUGGGAAGUGAGAGUUCAAAAGUGUUUGCACUCUGAAUAUAAUCAGUACGUGUAUCAAGUUUAUCCAAGUGAAUUGCGAAACGAUAAAUCGUACAUAUCAAUUUACAUACAUUGGAUGUAUUUAGUCAUAAUGUACUUCAUACCUUUUGGUUCAUUAGCUGUACUAAAUGCUGCAAUUUAUAACCAGGUUAGGCUGGCAAAUAGAGAACGACAGCGGUUAUCCAGAUUACAAAAAAAAGAAAUAGGAUUAGCAACAAUGUUACUUUGCGUAGUUGUAGUUUUUCUGUUGUGCAACGUUUGGGCUCUUAUAUCGAAUGUAAUUGAAGCAUUUUAUGGUAUUACUGUAGAUGAAUUAGUUAAAGUUAGCAACCUGUUAGUAACAAUUAAUUCAUCGGUCAACUUUGUCAUCUACGUUAUAUUUGGUGAAAAAUUUAAGCGAUUGUUCUUUAAGCUAUUUUUCCCACGAGGUUUCUGGUGGUGUGGAUGGCAUCCAUUUGGUGUAGAUCGUGGUGUAGAUGACUAUCAAGUAGAUCAUGUUGGUAUUGAGGAUAGUGUCAUUUCAUGCAAUGGAGUUGGAGGUAGUCAUUUCCAUCAUGUUAGUUCAAAAAGUAUUGAUAGCCGUUUAUACUCUGUACGGCGAUCACAUUCGUGUCAUCUUCAUCGAUCUGCGUGUAAUAAAUUUAAACGGUCACGAUCACAUUGUCAAGCUAUUAAACUCGUUGAUGGACCUAGUAAUCAGAACGAUAGAUUUGGCGGAGGACAUGUAUUUUAUUCGAGAAAAUCUAAUAGUGGAAUGUGGGAAACUUCUACUACAACUACGACCAAUGUACAUCAAAUCUAAAUGGUCAACGACCAAAAUGGGUAAUGGCAUACAGGGUGAUUUGAAAAUGAUUGAAUGCCUAAAUUUAUAAUCAUGGUCUUCCCGUGAAUUAUUGAAAUGUGUGUUUUAAACAUUUUUACUUCUCAUCAAAGAUCUAAGAUGAAGUUUUUAAAAAAUAAAUAAAUCUCAUUAUUUGUUCACAAUAGUUUUAAUUGGUGGUAGUGUUGCAUAACAUGUCGUUAUAAAUAAAAAAUAUAAUUUGUGUUAAAUCGCUUUCAAGCUGUUUAAAAAGUUAUACAGCUAAGUGCUUUAUAUAUUGUAUGUAAUUAACGACAACUAAAAAAAAAAAGAAGAAUUCACAUAAUUUAUGGAGAUUAACUUUGAAGCCUCGCUCACAUUUUUUUAUUUUAUUUAAUGUAAUAAUGACAGUUGUAUUAAAAAUUAAUGAAUUACAUAAUUCUAAACAAAAUUUAAGAUACAACUAUGAAUAAUGGUUAAAUUAUUUUUACUUUUUAAAAUAUUAUUUAUUAUAUGAGAAUUAAAAUGACAUUUUUUUAUCGAAUUUUCAACUACAGAGUAUCUUAAAUAUUAUGGCCACACGUAUAAAUAUUAUAAACAAAUAUACAUAUUUUUACUGUAACUAUGUACUUACUAUUAAAAGUAUGAAAUGUAUAAUUAAGCAUUAAAAAGUUUUUAAAAAUAAGUGA